UUUCCAUGGAUCUUGCCAGUUAUAUCUGUCCGUAGAAAUAUCCCCUUCCAUUCCUUCGCGAAAGUUCCCUAGAGCGAUAUGAAUAAUACGAGUACGGUCAAAUGACUUCUCGGGUCCCUGUGUGAAGUAUCUUUUUGCCCUUUGAAUCCAAUACUAUAAAGGGGGGGGAUCGUUAGACUAGCAGAAAUAACAACACCAUCUUCCAUUACCUAUCCCUUUCAGAAAGAAAAGGAAAGCAUUCAACAUGUCCAACGAUGACUCUACUUGGACCUACUAUCACUAUGAUCCUUCAUUACCAGCGGCCUUGAUCUUCACGAUUUUGUUCGGCAUAAGCUCGGUGGUUCACACGAUUCAAAUGCUGCGUACGCGCACUUGGUGCUUUAUUCCCUAUGUUAUAGGGGGCUACUUUGAGUGUGUCGGAUACAUUGGCCGUGCUCUAGGACAUUAUGAGACACCAAAUUGGACUUUGGGGCCUUAUGUACUGCAAAGCCUUCUAAUUCUCGUUGCUCCUGCCUUGUUCGCUGCUUCCAUAUAUAUGGUGCUGGGGAGACUUAUUCUCAUCACUAAGCAUCCAGAAUAUGCUAUUGUGAAACCCCGAUGGCUGACGAGAUUCUUCGUCUCCGGAGAUGUAAUAUCUUUCCUUGUCCAAGCAGCCGGUGCGGGAAUCAUGGUCACCGGAGCGAACGGGAUGAGGACGGGUGAAGAUGUUGUGAUUGCCGGUCUGUUCAUUCAGAUCGCCUUCUUUGGACUGUUCAUAGUCACCGCUACCGUGUUUCUUUGGCGUAUGCAGCGCAACCAGUCUGCCGCCCGGCUCACUAUUCCAGGUCUUCCAUGGCGAAAGAACCUGCUAGUGAUGUACGCCGCCUGUCUUCUUAUUAUGGCGCGGUCAGUCUUUCGCGUUAUCGAAUACAUUCAAGGGAACAACGGCUACCUGCUCCGCCACGAGGUCUUUCUCUACGUCUUCGACGGGGUCCUCAUGUUCAUGCAGAUGCUGCUCUACAACAUGUGCCAUCCGAGUGAGCUGAUCUCCAUAGGAAAGACGGCAAUCUUGCCAAAUGGCCAGUCUAGCAGUGUCCGCUUGCGCCCGUUCUUUGUGUAAGCUAUUGCGAAACGGCGGGAGAAAAAGAAGCAUGAGAUACGAAAAAAGUGGCAAUUGAGAGGAGGACCGCCGGGGAAAAAGAGUCAAUCCUAGAACACGUGCUUUGCUUCAGCGUGAUUCACAUUUUUCUUGAACGAACAUAGAGAUGCUAGUAUUCAACCGAUGUACUUAGUAUAUAUACC